AUGGCAAGCUAUUCUCCCUAUCCAGAGGUCACCGUCCCCGAGACGGACCUGUGGAGUUUUCUUUUCCAGCGUCCCGAGCGGACGUUUCCCGACUCGAACGUAAUAUUGACCGAUGUGGCCACGAACCGUUCCUACACCUUUUCCGACGCCCGCAAACUCUCCCUCAACUUUGGUCGCACGCUCCAAUCUAAAUUCAACUUUCGUAAAGGCGACGUGCUCAGCGCUGUCUCGGGCAACUGCAUUGACCUACCCCCUAUUAUCUGGGGUGCUGUUUCAAUCGGCGCGGUUGUCAGUCCUCUCAAUCCGGGGUUCGGUGCCGCCGACCUGGUUCAUUAUUUCAAAGAUGCGGGCACCAAAGCGGUCGUCACCCAAAAGGCGCAAUAUGAAGCCGUUUCAAAAGCUGCGCGGGACGCAGGACUCGGCCAGGACAGAAUUAUCGUCAUCGACGAUGCCGCACAGGACGUCUGGCAAGCCGACCCAGCCGCUAUCCCCGAUGCUGCCUUUGCGGGGCGACACAGUCCUCCAGUUACCAAUCCCACGCAAGAUCUGCUCUUUUUAGUUUACUCAAGCGGAACGACUGGGCUACCAAAGGGGGUGAUGCUGUCGCACAAGAACGUUGUUGCAAAUCUGGUGCAGGCGGCCGCCAUUGACCGGUAUGCCGAUGGGAAAAUGUUACUUGAUCACACUGACAAGGCGCUUGCCUUUUUGCCUUUCUUCCACAUUUAUGGCAUAACUGGUAUCAUCAGCGCCGGGCUCUUCCUUGGUCUUAACACCUUCGUGAUGCCGCGCUUCGACCUUCAGACCAUGUGCCAGACUGUCCACAACCACCGCAUCACUUAUGUAUACGUUGUACCACCCGUUGCCCUCCAGCUGGCCCAGAAUCCCCUCGUCGACAAGUACGACCUACGCUCUAUCAAGUUGCUCAAUUCCGCAGCGGCCCCACUUUCCGUGGAACUGAUCCGUGCGCUGCACCAAAAGAGAGGCAUCCCCAUCCGACAGCAGUACGGCAUGUCGGAGACAGCGCCAUGCACGCACUCCCAGACAUACGAUGAAUCCAAGGAAUACCCAGGCGCAGUGGGACGUCUUAUCCCCAACGUGACGGCGAAGUUCGCGCCGAUUGCAGGCGAGACGCGCCGCUCAGCGAAAGAGGGCGAGCUGUGGGUCAAGGGCCCCAAUGUCUUCCUGGGCUACCACAACAACGCGGCGGCAACUACGGAGGCGUUUUCCGAGGACGGGUUCUACAAGACCGGAGACGUGGGAUACGAGGACGACUACGGGAAUUUCGUCAUCACGGACCGCAUCAAGGAGCUUAUCAAGUAUAACGGGUUCCAGGUGGCGCCAGCGGAGCUGGAGGGCCUUCUUCUGGGCCAUCCGGCUGUGGGGGACUGCGCUGUGGUGGGUAUCCCGAAUGGGCAGGCCGGGUCGGAGGUCCCGCGCGCGUACGUCAAAGCUGCGAAGCCGGAGCUUCAAAAUGAGGCUGUAGCGAGUGAGAUUGUGGAGUUUGUAAAGGCCAAGGUGGUGAAUUAUAAGCAGUUGCGGGGCGGGGUGGUAUUCAUUGAUGAGAUCCCCCGGAAUCCGUCUGGGAAGAUCCUGCGGAGGGAGUUGAAGAAGAUGUUCGCUAGUAAGAUUUGA